GUGAAUUCCACGCGAGUUGCCGUGACAAGCAGUGCCGAGAGUAACUAAUAGAAUUUAAUUCAGUCGCCGGUCAAAAUGAAACUGCAACGCUUACUUCUAGCUGUGGGAUGCAUUUUGGCGCUCUUGCUAGCACAUUCCAGUCGAACAACGGAGGCACGUCACCUGAUCUUCUAUAGUCCACACAGCAAAACAUUAACCGGUCAGCUGCUCAUCUCCCAACGCGUCAAGCGACCCUGUCCGGCAGGGAAAAUGCGCGAUCAUCGUGAUCGCUGCCGACGUGCUGUCAUCUUUGCGAGAAACAAGUGAGAGACAACGCGA